AUGGCAUGGUACAGCCGCGUCUACAAAGAUGCCAUCGAGAAGGCGCAGAGGUUUGAGGUGUUCAAGGCAAAUGUCAAGUUCAUCGAGUCGUUCAAUGCUGCCGGGAACCGCAAGUUCUGGCUUGGCAUCAACCAAUUCGCGGACCUCACCAACGACGAGUUUAGGGCCACCAAGACUAACAAGGGCUUCAAACCUAGCAUCGAAGCACUUUCAACGACCAUCGACUGGAGGACCAAGGAUGCCGUCACUCCCAUUAAGGAUCAAGGGCAGUGUGGCUGCUGCUGGGCGUUCUCAGCUGUGGCUGCCACCGAAGGCAUAUUGAAAAUCAGCACCGGCAAGCUCACCUCACUCUCGGAACAAGAGUUGGUAGAUUGUGAUGUCCAUGGUGAGGACCCGGGUUGUGAGGGUGGUUUGAUGGACGACGCCUUCAAGUUCAUCAUCAAGAAUGGCGGACUAACCACGGAGUCCAGCUAUCCUUACACAGCUGCCGAUGGCAAGUGCAAGAGCGGAUCAAAUAGUGCUACAACCAUCAAUGGCUAUGAGGAUGUACCAGCAAAUGAUGAGGCAGCCCUGAUGAAGGCAGUGGCGAACCAGCCCGUGUCGGUGGCCGUCGACGGUGGAGACAUGGCAUUUCAGUUCUACUCUGGCGGUGUGAUGACUGGCUCCUGCGGUACCGACUUGGACCAUGGGAUUGCCGCCAUUGGUUAUGGACAGAUCAGUGAUGGCACCAAGUAUUGGCUGAUGAAGAACUCAUGGGGCACCACAUGGGGAGAGAAUGGUUAUAUGAGGAUGGAGAAAGAUAUUUCAGACAAGAGAGGCAUGUAUGGCCUGGCCAUGGAGCCUUCCUACCCCACUGAGUAG